AGGUUGAACCAGGAAUAGAAUGUGCAUGAUGCUAGAUAUAAAAGGUAUGUAAUGGGCCAAAUGUAAUUCAGAUUUUGCAUAGACAAGAGUCAGUAAUAACUUUAUGGGGAACUACUGCCAAAGAGAGUUGGCGAGACUGGAAAAAAAGAGCUAUCAGAGUUCACACUAGGAGUCAGUGAGGGCUUAAGGGAGAUAACAGAGAAUUCAGCCAAAGAAGAUGAAUCCAAAUAACAGUCAGACUCUGACCGCCAAUGGACAGGACUUGGCCAGCAGCAGUAACCAAACCCCCGGAGAAGAUGCUAGCGCGGUUUUGAAGCCCUCCACCCUCGUCAGGAAUCUUAAACCACCCAAGCCAGAGAAUGCUAUCACCAUUGCCGUGUCAGCACGAGUCCUCUUCAACAUGGAGAAGGAGCAGCAGAGCUACGAGCAGCAGGGCAUGAAAGAGUACAUCAAGUAUCAGGGGGAGCAUGAAACGCAGCCUUUCAGCCCCGGUCCUGCCUUCUCUUUUGUCAAGGCUCUGGAGGCGGUGAACACUCGACUGAGGGAGCUUUACCCUGAGAGCGAGGAGCUCUUUGAUGUUGUGGUCAUGACCAACAACCAAGAAUACAUUGACCAAAGACUCAUCAAUAACAUCAAUCAUCACCAGUUGCGCUUCUGUAUGAUAGAGGGAAAUCACACAUACCACACUAACCUUUACCUGUCUGCUGAUCCAGUCAAGGUUCGGAAAGCACUGAAAGAAGGUAUAGCAGCAGCCACGAUGUUCACCCCAGAGAAGAUAACAGAAGUGUCGGAGACUCAGCUGCAUGUCACCUUUGAUGGUGACGGCGUUCUCUUCUCUGAUGAGUCUGAGCGCAUUUUCAAUAAGGAAGGACUGGACAAGUUCCUUGAGAACGAGAAGACACACGAGAACAAGCCUCUGGGCCAUGGACCAUUGAAAGGUUUUCUGGAGGCUUUAGGAAAGCUGCAGAAGAAGUUUUAUGGCAAAGGACAGCGCAUGGACUGCCCCAUCCAGACCUACUUGGUGACAGCUCGCGAUGAAGGCAUCUCUGGCAUCAGAGCCAAAAAUACUUUGCAGUCAUGGGGUCUGGAGAUCGACAAGACUUACUUUCUGGCAGGGGCACCCAAGGGCCCCACACUUGAGAAGAUCAGGCCACACAUAUUCUUUGAUGACAAGAUGAGUCACGUAGAGGGGGCCGCUAAAAUGGGGAUAGUAGCGUGCCAUGUGCCCUAUGGGGAAGCUAACUCAGAGAGUCACAAGAAAGGGAUUAAUGACAAAGAGACUUCUCCCCUACCCAAAGUAGCCUAAACAUCACUGAGACAAAGGUUUAGCAACUGAGGUUGUGAUAACAAGCAAUGGGAUUUCGUAAUACUGUUUUUUGGGGGGUUUUUAUUGCUAAACUACAGUGGGCAGAGAUGUGCAAAACUCUAACUACAGUCUGCACAGCAGCAGUUCAUGUGAACCAAACUCUAGUUCAUUUUUCAUUGCUUUAACACCGUUUUCAAAACUCUACAUACUUAUUCCAUGGCUUUAACCACUAAGUGCACAACACUGUGAAUUUACAGCAUUUUGUUCAAAUGCUAACACAAUGCUGUUGACCACACAUUCAAAAGAGAAUGGAUUUCAACCUGGUGCAUUUCAAACACUGAUGAUUGCAAUUUCAGCUUAAAACCUAAGCAGGUGUCUUUUUUUAUUAAUGGCUUAUAACUGUUCUAUAAAGCAUUAGUAAAUUAUUCUUUAAGCAUGAAUAAAGCUUUUAGUUACAAAUAAUAAACCCUUUAUAAAAAUUGCCUUAUUAGAAUGUGGCACUCAAUACUGUUUGUGUUAAAAAAAAUUAUUUUUGCAGCAGGAAAUUUAACUUACGUACCAGCAACCUCCUGCAUUAUUUUCUGUAUUUCUGAAACAAAUAUUAGAAGUAUAAAACAUCUUCAAAUCCUAAACAAUAUUUAGACACCAUGAAAAAAUUUAUUGAAGAUAACCUGGAUGUGCUAAAUUGAUUAGAAGCUACACAGCUGCACUGAAGAUAUGCAUUUAGUCACUUUAUGCAGAAUCUCCUUUUUGAUUUAUAAAAUAUAUGAUUUUACUGCUUGUCUGUGUGUUUAAGAGUUUUUUCUGGUGUCUUUUUCUCACUAUUGUCGGAAUUUACUCUGUCAAUCUUGCAUGUUGUUGGUAAAUGUAUGCUGAACAUGUGGUUGUUUGAUCAAUGUAUAUGAAUGUAUGUUAAGAUUUUAAAUGGGUGAAAUUGGAAUAAAUUACUUUGUUUAUUUGAUAUAUCUUCUCAUUUUAAAAUAUUCAGCAUUUAUUGAAAUCCAUUGUGUGCAAUUUUAAUUUCUGCUACUUGUCCCUAAAAUGCUUUGUUUAAAAUGCCCUUGUCAUUGUCUGUCUGUCUGACUUUGUCCUUCAUGUGUGUUGUUAUUGGUACUACUGAUCUACUGUUUUGUGUAUGAGUGGGAAGCAAGUUUGUACUACAAAAAAGACCAAACAUGCUCACGUGUUUAAAUCUAGGCCAA